GGACACACACUGGAUGGGACAGGGCAGCGCUACAUAGGGGACGAGAGCGACAGCGGCUGGUAACACCGCUCCGACAAACCCGGGAGACACGCACUCUGGAUACAUCUCUGGGGCUUGACAUCGCUCCUCUAUUGGGGAUUGAAUUGAUGAAUUAACAAAGCCGAGCAUGAACACAUCGCCUUUAAGUGUUUCCUUCUCUGAGCAUGGACUGACCAAACACCUCUCUGGAUGAUUUGAUGGGGCUGCUCAGAGUCAUAAUGCCGCCCAAGUUGCAGCUGUUGGCGCUGCUGACGUUCGCAGUGGCCAUGUUCUUCCUGGAGAACCAGAUCCAGAAGCUGGAGGAGUCCAAGGGGAAGCUCGAACGAGCCAUCGCCAGACACGAGGUGCGAGAGAUCGAGCAGCGACACACACAGGACGGUCUGCGGGAACGGGAUUCGCCGGCCUCGACGCUGUCCGAGGGCGAAGACGACAUCGUCAUCAUCUACAACCGCGUGCCCAAGACAGCCAGCACCUCCUUCACCAACAUCGCCUACGACCUGUGCGGGAAGAACCACUACCAUGUCCUGCACAUCAACACCACGAAGAACAACCCCGUCAUGUCCAUACAGGACCAGGUGCGGUUUGUAAAGAAUGUGACGGAGUGGAGGGAAAUGAAGCCGGCUUUCUACCACGGACACGUCUCCUUCCUGGACUUCACCAAGUUUGGAGUGAAGCGGAAACCAAUCUACAUAAACCUGAUCCGGGACCCCAUCGAACGGCUGGUGUCCUAUUAUUACUUCCUGCGUUUCGGGGAUGACUACCGGCCCGGUCUGAGACGCAGGAAACAAGGAGACAAGAAGACGUUUGAUGAAUGUGUGUCCGCCGUUGGCUCAGACUGUGCUCCUGAGAAGCUCUGGCUCCAGAUCCCCUUUUUCUGUGGUCACUACUCUGAAUGCUGGAACGUGGGAAGUCAGUGGGCUCUGGAGCAGGCCAAAUACAACCUGGUGAAUGAAUACAUGCUGGUGGGAUUAACAGAAGAGCUUGAGGACUUUGUCAUGAUGCUGGAGGCCGCGCUGCCACGCUUCUUCAAAGGAGCCACUGAGCUGUACAAAACAGGGAAGAAAUCCCACCUGAGAAAGACCAGCGAGAAGAAGCCGCCCACGAAGGAGUCGAUCGCCAGGCUGCAGCAGUCGGCCAUCUGGAAGAUGGAGAACGAAUUCUACGAGUUUGCACUGGAGCAGUUCCAGUUUGUCAGGGCGCAUGCUGUCAGAGAAAAGGACGGCGAGCUCUACCUGCUGGCACAAAACUUCUUCUACGAGAAAAUCUACCCCAAAAACUAAAGAGGCACAUGUCCGUAGAGGACACUUAGUGCGGGCUCAGAUGGAAAGGGAGAAGGAAAGUGUGGCUGGUUUGUACUUGUGAGUGAGAACAUAACGUGGAGCUGCAGAGCAACCUGCGUCUGGUGGCAGCUGCCUCAUACACGCGUCUGUCCAGCCAACUGGACAUGGAGCUUGUGUUGAGUUCCCAGCAGCCCCCGGGCCUCCAUUCCCCUUCACUUCCAUGUCAAAGGUCGUCGGGCCAGAGGACCUCUGUCGGCACGUGUCCGGAGAUGACCUCCAACGACUGGUCAGACCUCACCUCCUGAUUGGCUUCUCUGUUCUCCGAUCCAGACAAAACAUUUCCAUUGGCCCUGUACGGUUUGGUUGUAUUUGAACUCUUUCCUUCGGUGACAUGUUCUAUGCCUCACCACCACCACCACCACUAACUUAAAGAGAUUGUAAGUGUACAAAACUGACUACUGUGCUGUGUUAUUGGACUUGAAAAAUAACUUUUUAGGUUUUUAUGAAGUAAAAAUCCUGUGACCAUGGACUAUCUACUGGGACAAGUGCGUAUGUUUUAUACUGUACUCGAUGUGCUUCGUUGGAUGUAAUUACGCAGCUUUGCCCAGCGGCUAUUCCUUCGUAAUGAAGGAAGACAUGAUCGUAUUAAAAUGUGUAAGAACACUAUAGUGAAGAUGCUGCUGCUGUCAAUAUUUACUACUUUUUUCAGUCCAAUUCAUUCACAUGCAGAUUUGCUACUGUAUAAGAUUAACCCAUUUAUACAAUCAGUUGGUACAUUUCAUUUCACUUUUUAGUCUCCAUUUCAUUUUCUUAAAUGUGUUUGUUCACUGUAGAACCAGAUAGUCUGUGCUAUGCCAACAUGUUGGGGAAAUGCUUUCAUCUGCUUUCUUCUCAAGUGUCUAAAGGGGAGAUCGUUACCACUUCAUUCCCUGAGGCAGAAGGCUCCAGCUAUCAGCAGGUUAGCUUAGCUUAGCAUAAAGACUAAGCAACAGUGAGCCUGUCCCACCCAUGACAUCGCACACUUGUUGUUUUAUCACAUCAGUUUUUGUUUGCAUUAAACCCACCAUCAGUGAGCCUGUCUGCUUAUUGGUAUCAAUCUUCUCAACUAAUUGGCAAGAAAGCAGCUGUGCAUACUUCCCCAAAAAACUUGAACUGUUUCAUUAAAUCUUUGCUGUUUUCUUAGCAGUUCUCCACAUAAAUGAAGGUUGGGAAUAACUUUACUCAUUUGAUUGUGUAUUUGUUAUCUCUUGUAGUUUUCAUCUCGCUUCUCAAAGGUUGGGUUUAUUGGUUUUUAAAGGCCUGUAAUUGGCUGAUCAAAGUUCUUGUCUAUUAUAAAUUGCUUACUAAAAGUUGGAAAUGUUUAAAAUGACAAUGUUGUUCCCUCAACUAAUUCACCUGAAUGAGCUGCACAGAUAUGUUCCACUGGAUGUACAGCCACAUCACAACUGGAAGUAUUUAGAUGUGCGUGUGAAGACGUACUCGUGGUUAUCUGAGGACAAACUGUCGUGUGUGUACCUUCUCCACGCCUGGCCCGCCUUGUGUUGCAGUCCUUUCAGAUGGAAAGUAAAAACAACUCGCCGUUUUCAUCUUCUGAUUGCCAAACAAAAUACACUGAAUUUUUUUGUUUUAAACUAC